ACCAAAAACAAAACAAUGCUACUUGUCUGGUUGAAGCAGUUGAACUAAACUUCACAAAACAACCACCUAGGCCUCCAACCCCAACUCCCCUAUCCUUCUCAUCUCUCUUAACAUACAGAGAGAGCUGAUAAACCAGAGCCAUGGCCACAGAAGAUUUCAGCUUCCCAACAAUCGGGGACGCCUUGCCGUGUGGCAUCGAUUCGCCGCCUUUGUGGCAUCUGUCUCCUGCUUCCUCUCCAAAUUCUUGCCGUGAAGAACCACCAAAUGGGGCAGCCAAAGGAGGAGAUCAAAGAGACGAGGAAGAUUGUUUUCCACCAAGAUCACCAAUCGAGCAGAGUCGAAGAAAGAGCUUUUCAUCUGUACAAGGUUGUCGGAAAGCGGCGAAUGAUGAUGAUGAUGAUGAUGAAGAGGACAAGAUGGACAUGUUGUGGGAGGAUUUCAAUGAAGAAUUGUCAAGAACUUGUAGUACUUCAAGAUCCAACACGUCUUCUUCGAGGGAUAUGGUGGAAUUGGGGUGUGUCAAGGCAUUGACAACGUCCAAAAAUCAUGGCGCGGCGCUUACAACAAGGAAGCCAGCAGGCAUGGUGGUGAUCAUGAAGGUCUUGAAGAAGCUUUUCUUGCUGCAAAACUCCCAUCGGAAGCUCAAAAUUAGAGGCUGAUCAAUCAAUCACAGUGUUUAUGUGUAAAUGUAUAGCAAGUAUUCUUUGAUGAAUAUACAAAGUAAGCUUUAGAUAUCAAUCUGGGCUGCCGUCUUGUAUAGGGGAUAUGAUGUGUAUAGGGGGGAAAAAGAAAUAAGUAGGCCCUUCGUGUUAAUGACCAUCAAAAAGCUCCCUCAACCUCAAGUCAUGGUCAUCGUCUUCUCCCCCAAGGUAUCAAGAAACCUCUUGCAAAUGUUCUUUGCCAGUACUUAUUACUGCACUUUUUUUUUUUUUUUAAAAGAAAAAGCCCAAGAACAAAGGAA